AUGGGAAUCAAGGGUUCCAAGCCGAAACUAUCCAAGGAGGAUUUGGAGUUUUUGAAGAAGAACACAAAUUUCACUGAGGAACAGAUCAAGGAGUGGUAUAAAGGAUUUGUGCAAGACUGUCCUAAAGGCCAUCUCACCAAGGAGCAAUUCAUAAAAGUUUACAAAGAUUUCUUCCCGUCAGGUUCAGCAGAAGGGUUCUGUGAGCACGUAUUCCGCACAUUCGAUACAGACAAUUCGGGUUUUAUCGAUUUCAAAGAGUUUUUAUUGGCAAUUAAUGUGACGAGUUCCGGAACGCCUGAGCAAAAAUUGGAAUGGGCAUUCCGUAUGUAUGAUAUUGAUGGAAACGGAACGAUAGACGAGAAAGAGAUGAUCAAGAUUAUCGAGGCCAUCUACGAAAUGCUCGGCCCAGAAGUGACCAAAUCUGCCGACGAUUCACCAAGAAAGAGGGCUAAGAUGAUCUUCGAGAAAAUGGAUGUGAACAACGAUAAGGAAUUGACACUGAAAGAAUUCGUUGACGGCUGUCUUGCUGAUAAGGAACUCUUCCAGAUUUUGACCAACGAAGUCAAGAAGUAA